CAGGUUGAUGAGAAGUUGAAUGAGUUGUCCGACAAUAUGGAUGAGCUUGUGAAGAAGUGGGAAAAGGAGAAGGAGCUGUGGAAGGAGACCCAGCUCAGACAACUCGAGCUGCUGGCUGCGUGGCUGAGCUCCAAGGAGGGACUAGUGACAAGCAACAACUACGGUGUAAGAUCGAUCUCCAGGCCUGUUCUUGCUGGCUGUUGCUGAUGCUCUGGAUUGUGACAGGAGACUGUAAGCAGGCGACUAGAGGGAAUUGGAGUUGAGAGGCAGUUACCUUGGUGUGUGUACAUUCCUUUGGCCAACAUUGCAAGCUACUCUGAUUCAGGUGAUGACAUAAAAACCAGUGAAACUGAGCUGAGCCAGGCCAGGCCAGGCCCCUCACCGUAAGCAUCAUGUUGGAACUGACAGGUUACAACUCUCAGGAAAGAUUGAACAUUGCAGAACACUUUUCUCCACCAAAGAGAGGGAUGUAGAUUAGCGUAAGCGGGGUCUUUAAAAUGACAUUUGACAGUCUAAUUGUUCAAAUGUGGGGAAGACCAGGGAUCAGGGACUGUUUCAUCCCCAAUAAAUCCUAUUCAGUGGUUGGGAAGGGGACUGUAAGUGGAAGUUUACAAUUGACCUGCGCCUCCAGCUGUCCCGUCGCCCUUCAGCGCUGACUUUCUCACGUCCCCUCUCAGGAUUCUGUCAACGAAGUGGAAGACCUGAUCAAGCGGCACGAGGACUUUGAGAAGAUGCUCGCAGCUCAGGAUGAGAAGAUCAGCCAACUGGAGAAAACGGUAAAGGCCGGGCGCGCAGCGUAGCUUCGAUCGAAACCUGUGUAUCUCAGCCUCCCAGGUGCACUGAACGUACAGCGAGACGAGGCUUAGUCUUAUUGUGUGCAACAGGUAGGACUGUGUAAUUUCAGACUCUUUAUUUGCUCGGUUUUGGGCAGAAGAGUUCCGAACAGAGGCGAGUGUAAAGGAGAAAGAGCGCAAAGUGGCCCGUGUCCCGUCGCUGAAGAGAAAGGGAUCGGAUAAGAAGCCAACGCCAUUGAAGAUCAUUGGAAAACGUGAUUCCGACCUCGGGAGGUCCCCCAAGUCCUGGACAAGAGAGACAAUUGUUAGCCCAGCUCCAAAGACCCCCUCAACGUCUGACCUGUUCUUCUCUCCAGAUGGGUCCGGGUACUGGAGAGGACAGGAGAUGGCCCCUCGUCCAGCCGCCUCUGUCACCAAAGUCCUUCAGUCUCCAAGCAGGGCGUCCAGAUGUGAGAGCUUCGAAUCCAACCAGAGCCGGUGUCUCACUGCCACCCAAAUUGCUCCCCCGGCUUCCGUCCAGUGAGGUGCAAGAUCCGACCUCGCUGGCUCGCGUUGGCACCAGCACCGAGGCAGCUACAGCCCAAAGGCUUCCAACCUCUGACGGCUCUUCCCAGGGAGAGCUUUGCCCGGAACGAGCAACAGCUUUGACUGUGGACCCUGCGACCGGACCCGUGGAGAGACAGGGGCCCGGGGACACAGCUGUUAUCACUCACUGGGACUCAACUGAGUGCUCAGCCAUCGAUCACAGCAACAUCGGGUGAAAAGGUUUCUGUAGGAUACCAGACGAUGGGAGGUACACUCGAACGAAUGCACAAAUCGCAGCCUGGAGGGAUUAAGGUCGACUCUGAAAACUGGGCCACCUAUUUUGUAACUCUGAAGGAGCAAGCCCUCUGUUUCUUCGAGAAUGAGAGCGAUAGCUUGACGGAUUCUCCUUGCUGUCCAAAGCUUGUGUUCAGUGAUGUUCAUUGUGAGGAAGCUGCAGACUCCAUGGACAAGACACACACGUUCCAUUUACAGCUGAGUGACGGAAACGAGUAUGUUUUCUCUGCUCCAUUGGGUAGCCUGAGGGACGAGUGGAUUCAGAAGAUCAGAAACAAUGCCGGUAACUGUGGAGGUUCUGAUGAAAUGAACUUGUCAUCCGUCAAUACAUCUCCUUUGCAGUCUCCACAACACUCCAGGGACCCAUUCGCAACCAAAUCCCAGCUCACGGCUGGAAGCCCUACAAAGAAGGAGAAACCUGGAAGCAACAAGGAUUUACUUCCCAGGAGGACACCAUCUUUCAGAGUGAAACAAAACAACUCAUCGAAUCUGUCUGCACAGAGAUCAGAGGGGCAACGGAAAAAUUGGAGAAAGUGACUCCUUGCUGGGAACUAACAGGACAAGAGAUUCUGGUGCUGCGAGUAAGUCAACAGGGGAGACACAGCCAUGCUCACCUCCUCCACCAAAACCUCCUCACACUUAUUAUAACAUUCACCUGUAUCCAGAAGGUGGGGAACGAAUGAAUCACGCCCUGAGUGCAGGUAACAUACAGACCCUGGGCAGUACUCCCGAACUGCUUUUGGAGAGAAGGCAGUCUGGCCUCUCCAGCAAUCGGCAGGAGAGUGAAAACCGACGCAGGACCUGGGAACCGGAGAGGACAGGGCCAACCAUCAACUUCACAAUGCCAACAUGGCACUACACACUGGACGCAGACAUGGAUAGCAGCAAGAAAAAGAAAGUUUUCAAGAAGUUUUUUGUGAAGAAGUAACUUGAACCUGCCUUAGCCUUGCCCUCUGACUGUAACAUAUUUCAUCAGAAAGUGAACGGAACUGAGCUUCACAGGUGUUUGUGUGUGUUUAUUCCCAGAAACAUCACUCUAGAACACAGUGAAUGGUUGACUCAUCUACUCCAGUCUCUAAGGGCAAAGCUGAUUCCUUGAUUCCACCUCUCAGUUCCCUGUGUCCUACCCACUGAAUGCCUCAUCACACAUUCCUCUGAGUGAAUCCCUCUUUAUUUCAGUCAGAGGUGGCAGAGACUUUAUUCUGAGACUGUACCUUCUGGUUCUACAUACCCCACCUUCUAUCCACUUAAUCACCUUAAGAAUUCUGGCUGUUUCAAUCACCUUGCAGAAAUACAGGCCUAUGGUACUCAACCAGGCCUAGGGCAGUUCAGGAAUCAUUCUAGUGAAUCUUAACUGCAUACACCAAACCUCCAAAACACACUAGUGAGAUUUGAUUUCUCUUCUACUUUGACUGAUUUAAAGGCCAACAUCCCAGUUACUUACUCGGCCAGCACGUUACUUUUGUGUUUUGUGCACACGAACAUUAACGUCUUCCUUACAGAAUGGAUCCAUUCGCCCCACUUCAUUGACCACACCUCUGACCAAUCAUAUUGCCUGUCCCUAUCCCUUGGUUAUCUCUUCGCUGCUUACUUUCCCAUCAUAAUUACAUCUGCAAUAAGCCUGGAUUGACUGAAGUCAAUCUCCUUAUCAAAGUCAUUGUCAUCAACUGUAAAAAAGGGCAGGCCUCAACACUGAUCUCUGUGGUACCACACUAGGUAAGGUUUCCACUCCAAAACUUUUAUUCCUGCUCACUCUUUUCAUUACUUGUGUCCUGCAUGUCUGCAGACGUGUAUGUACCUGAUCUGUCAACCUGUUCCCAAACUGAGCUUUGAACAGUCUAAUAGUGCAGAAGGCUGCCAUCUUUCCCAACCAUUUUAUUCUAGCACUGAAAGUGAGACAAAAGUAAAAAUUUGGACAGAUACUUCAAAUCCAUCUGAUCCAAAUCAGUAAGUUAAAAGUUGGGCAAUUUAAUUACGCUGUUUUUGUCAAUGCUAUUAGUUAAUUUUGCUGUCAAUUCACGUCCUGUGGCUGGGGCUUGUUCUGUCUCUGGAUUAUGUUCAUCUUACAAUGUCACACUGGCAAUGACCUUCACUGCCAAAUCUUUUCCAAACAGAAAUGAGGGAAGUGAAUUUGUUAGCUGAGCCCCAAGCUCAAAGAUGAGAGCUUCAUUCCCCAGCUGAUGCUAUUAAUUGUUUUCUCAGAUGGAGAACAACUCCACCGGCUGAGGCAACUGUGAGGUUAAACAGCUAAUGCACCACAUCUGGGAGGAUGUGCCAGAAGGAAAGAAGGUGCCCCUGCAUCGGUCUUAAUGAGGCUUGGGGAGACGAGACAAUAGGCAGUGGAAUUUCUGUGACAAUCUACAAACAAUACUGCAACCUCUGGCCCUCCCAAGCUCAGCUGCCUCAGUCUAUGUUUCAAAUAGUGAAACUUUCCCUUUGUAAUCUGACAAAGUCAUUCUCUUGCUAUUAUUCAUAUUCUAAAAUUUUAAAAAGCACAAUAAAAUUGAAAUUUG